UGGUAGCUACUAAAUUUCCAGUCUCCACCCAAUUAAUAGUACGUUGCAAUUAAUUCCCACUUGUUAGUAUGAUUGAUCAACAUGUCUUGACCUUAUACGGAUUCGUUUUUACAGCCCUUGUGCUUCGUUAUUUCUGAGAACAUUCUUGGAAAUGAUUCAUACUCUAUAUAAUCAAUUAGUGUUUCGUUACUUUUCUAACAGCCCUUCAUUAUUCUCUGCCUUCCAUUUUCAUCCUUUCCAGACGAUACGAUCCAGACGCUGAAAAGCAAAUCCACCCUCCUCCUUUCUUCCUCUUAGCUGCUUCGCUUCGAGCUUCUUCAGACUUCACUGUAAGCCUAUUCAUUCAGAUCUUUAUCAUUUCCUUCUUCCAAAGGGUCACUUAAACAUUAUUGUUUUCUGUUUCCAGCACACAAGCUAGACAUCAUGACAGGACGAGCAUUAACCUCUUCUUCCUUCCAAUAUCAUUUCGCGCAUGAUGUCUUUCUCAAUUUUAGAGGUGAAGAUACUCGUCAUGGUUUCACUGGAAGUCUAUAUCAUGCUCUAGCUCAAAGGGAGUUCACACCUUUUUCGAUGAUGAGGAAAUAAGAAAAGGCGAUGAAAUUGCUCCAAGACUUGACAGAGCAAUUGAAGAAUCUAGGAUGGCCAUUUGCGUGUUUUCUAAGGGCUAUGCUUCCUCAACAUUUUGCCUCAACGAACUCGUUAAGAUCCAUCAGUGUAUUAAGGAAAAUGGACGACUAGUUUGGCCCAUCUUUUAUCAUGUGGAUCCUUCUGAAGUACGACAUCAAAAAGGAAAUUACGAACAAGCAUUGACUAUGCAUAAACAGAAUUUAAAGGCUAAUGAAGAGAAGGUGCAAAGUUGGAAGCUUGCAUUGCGUGAAGUAGCUAAUAUUUCUGGCACACAUCUCACUCCUGGGCAUGGUUAUGAAUAUGAAAUCAUUGAAGGUAUUGUGAAAGAAAUAUCUCGCAUAAUCAAUAGGGCUCCUUUACAUGUCGCUGAAUAUCCAGUUGGAUUAGAUACUCGUUUGCAAAAAGUAAACUCUCUAUUGCAAUUUGAGUCUCGUGAUGAGGUCAUUAUGGUAGGAAUUUACGGAAUCGGGGGAUCAGGUAAAACAACAUUAGCACGGAUUGUGUAUAACUCAAUAGCAGAUAAUUUUGCAGAUUUGUGCUUUCUCUGUGAUAUCAAAGAAAAUUCAAGGAAAUUUGGGUUAGAAGGAAUGCAAAAGAGAAUGCUUUCAAAGAUUUUAGGAGUGGACAUAGAAAUUGAUGAUGUUAAUGAAGGAGUUGCAAUAAUUAAAGAGAGACUCAGACAAAAGAGAAUUUUGUUGAUUCUUGAUAAUGUUGAUGAGCUAGAGCAAUUACAAAAAUUUGCUGGCCAUAGUAGUUGGUUUGGUUCUGGGAGUAGGAUCAUUAUAACAACAAGGGACAAACAUUUACUCAUGAGACAUGGGGUUGAAAGCAAAUAUGAGAUGGAGGCACUCACUGAUAACGAAUCUCUUCAAUUAUUAAGUUGGAAUGCCUUCAAUAGUACACAAGUUGAUCCAAGUUACAUAGAAGUUGUGGAUCGUGUGAUACACUAUGCCCAUGGUCUUCCAUUGGCCCUUGAAUUAAUAGGCUCUCACUUGUUUGGUAUGGGUAUAAAGGAGUGGCAAUCUGCUAUAGAUGUGUAUGAGCGAAUUCCUCAUAAAGACAUUCAACGAAUACUACAAGUAAGCUAUGAUGGCUUAACUGAAGCUGAAAAGGAUAUUUUUCUUGACAUUGCUUGUUUCUAUAAAGGAUGUUGGUUGGAAAAAGUCAUAGAUAUGGUGAAAUAUGCUCAUGGUUUUGAUCCACAUCAUGGUAUUCAAGUAUUGACAGACAAAUGCCUCAUAAAAAAUGAAUAUGAUCGUGUUGAUAUCCAUGACUUGAUACAAGAUAUGGGAAGAGAAAUUGUUCGUCAAGAAUCACGACAGGAGCCUGGAAAACGUAGUAGAUUAUGGUCCCAUGAAGAUAUCAUGCAUGUUUUGGAAGAAAAUACAGGGACAAAUAACGUUAGGAUCAUAGCUUCAGAAAAUGUUUCCCAAUAUAAAGAAGUGAGUUGGGACGGAAAAGCCUUGGAGAAAAUGAAAAAUCUCAAAAUUCUUAGUUUAAAGAAUUUAAAGUUUUCAGAAGGCCCCAAAUAUCUGCCUGACAGUUUAAAAGUGCUAGAAUGGGGAGAAUAUCCUUCAUCAUCUCUGCCACACAACUUUCAUGCAAGGGAACUUUUUGUAAUGAAUGUGCCACAUAGUCUUUUAAAGUCAGUGGAAUUUAAGACGGCCUUGAAUCUAAGUGUUUUGAAUCUUCAAGGAUGCCAAAAUAUUACACAAAUACCUGAUUUAUCUGGCAUCUCAAAUUUAAAGGAAUUAAAUCUUUGGGGAUGCAUGAAUUUAAUUGCCAUUGAUGAUUCGGUUGGAGAAUUAGAAAGACUUGAAAUCUUGGAUGUGUAUGGAUGUGCCAAACUUGAAACCAUUCCCCGUUGUACCAAGUCACUAUAUCUUAAAUUCCUUGAUCUUGGGAAUUGCUCAAGCUUGAAGUACUUUCCAGAAAUACUACCAAAAGCGCCACUAAUAGAAGUGACUAUGCGGGGUAGUGGGAUAGAAAAACUGCCUGCAUGCAUAAAAGAAUGCACGUCUUUGGAGGAACUUUGGCUACAAGAGUGCGAGCAUCUGCAAGAAGUGGAAGGGAUUCCACCAAACCUGAAAGUGUUGUACGCAAACGAUUGCAUAUCGUUGAGUUAGAGUCGAGAAACUUAUUGUUGAGUAAGGAAGUAAUUGGGGCUGGAAUAAGCAAAGAUGGGGUUUAUCGUGCCAAAGAAGUCGUCAUGUCGGGAUCAAGCAUCCCAGAAUAGUUGGAUGUCUGUAAAAAAGGAG